AUGAAAAGGAAGAUGUGGUUUCAGAAUGUGAAGAUAAAAUUGAUUGUUGUGGGGAUCAUCAUUCUCAUAGGCUUUGUGAUAUUUUUGUCAUGCGGCAUUGGUAAAUUGCUCUAUCUCUUUGAGUUGCUUACCUUGUUAGGUUAUGCCCGUCCUGUUUUGCCAGCCAUUUUAGGAUGGGGUGGGGGAAGAGAUUAUAAACGUACAGCCGCACGGCUAUACUAUCUAAUUACAUUCGAAUAUUUUAAGAGUACAGCCGAGCGGCUAUACGCUUUAAAUACACGACGCUUGCACUCGCAGAGGACGGAAUUUUCUCUCGCAGUCACUGCUUCGUCCUUCGGGUUCCGCACUGAAAAAAGACCUAGCCGCCUAGGCGCCCGCCUAGCUACUACCUAG